GUAUUUGACACUCUUGUUAAGUGAAACAAGUAGAUGGCCUUGGUUAUCAUAAUUGGUAAUGGGGUUGAAGCAGAUGGUUUUGGAUCUGAUGGAGCGAUUAAUCAAGUCCGGAGAAAAAGUGAGGAUACACUUUUUUCAUUUGAGAUUGAUUGACUGACACAGGGAAAAGGUUUUCAUUGACAAGUUAAGUUGUGCUGAGCCGAAAGUAAGGUCUUAAAGAGAAGGAGAAAUAGCGAUUUACACAUCAAGUAAUUAUUUAAAGGUUUUAUUGUUAAGGCGGCUGUUUAAUGAAUAAUAGCUCUUGGGAAUUAACUAUCAUUGGCUUGGACCAAAUUGAUUUCAAUAGUAGGCAAGAAUCCUAACAUGGAGUGGCGGCUUGUUCCUAGUGACACUCCGGAAAGCCCAGGUGAUAGAUUUGUGACACGUUUGAUCCAGCAAUAUUCUAAAGAAAGAGAUACUAUAAACAACACUGCUAUUCAGUUGAUGCAAGAUAUGGAGAAGCACAUUGCAGAAGCCAUUGAGCGGAUGAACAAAGAAAAGGAAAUGACGAUGUCAUAUAUUAAGAAGGUUUCUGAUUUGGAUGAACAAAUGAAAGUUCGUAUGACAGAAGUACUCGCCAAUAAAGAUGAUAUUGUAAAAGCCAUUAAUGAAAAUGAGGAACUUCAGCGAAUGGCUUUAGAAGCUCAUAAACUUUCGAGUCCAGCAAAUAUAUAUCUGGGUCCGGUAGUCAGAGACUUAGCACCAAUAGAUAGAAACUUAAUAUCCAUGGAUAGAAUUUUAGCACCAAUGGAAAGAGAGUCAAAUUCAAAUAGCGUAGAUACGAAUUUGAACAAAGAUCUUGCAAAUGGAGACUCAAAUUUGGAGAAUGCAUUUCUGGUUCCAGGAGCCCAUUCAACAAAUGAGAAUUUGAACGGAGAUUCGAUUACUGAUAAAAAUCUUGAAAAUACAGAUCCAAUCCCAGCUUACAGAGAUUUUACUCUACCAAGGCUAGUUUCAAGACCCGAAAGCAGAGCCGAUGUGCCAGAGAAUGGCAAUAUAACGAAUGAUACUGUAACCAAAGAAUCGACACCUACAAAUAGAGAUUUGACUCCUGCAAAUAGAGAUUUGACUCCUGAAAAUAGAGAUUUGACACCUGCAAAUAGAGGUUUGACACCUGCAAAAAGAGAAAUUACUCCAGAGAAUACAACGUUGAACAGAAACUCAAUUCCAGAUAAUCCAAGCCCGAAAGAUAGAACUCCGGUCUCGAAUAAGAUAAAGAUAGUUACUUCAAAUAUAGGUUCCACUUCACCAAAAAGAGAUUCUAAUUCGAAGGUUUUAAACUUUAAACCAGCUCCUGCUUUUAAGGGAGCAGGGCGUGAUAAAUACGGAUACACACCAAACUUCAUAUUUUGGCUUUAUUAUAUUGAUAACCAUGAAGAAGAACUUUUAACCAAAUAUGGAAGUAUCAACGAUGCGCUAAGAGAAUUGACAAUCAGAGAAGCCAGAGAGUAUCUUGAACAGGAGUUUCUGGCGAAUAUCCCUUUGGACUGGGUAUCGUUUCGAGCUAAGUUUAUCGAUAGGUAUCUCCCACCAAAUUAUGGUCAAAUUCUAAGACGGAAAGUACUCAGACAUAGACAAGGGGCGUACUCGAUUAAUGAGUACAAUGGACACUUUAAUGAUACUGUUGAUGAGUAUCAUAUGUAUCUAUCGGUGAUGGGUCCGCACAAUAUACGUGGCCCAAUGGAGAUUUCACCCAAGAUGCAGAUUGAGAUUUAUAUGAAUGGUCUUGAUAAUAGAUUGAGAUACUUUAUGCCUGAAGAAUUCGAAGAGUAUUCAUUACAUGAGUUACAAUCCAUGGCUGAGAAUCGUGCAGAAUUGUUAAUUAGCAAGAGAGGUAAUAAGCGAGGACGCAAUGUAGAAACUCCAAGGAGGAAAGAUAAAAGACCAAAACCGAUUAGCUUUAGACCAAAGGAAUUGGAAAGACCAUCGAAUAAUGAUAAUGGUCGGGAUUUCAUAUCGAGAAACUCCAAUGAGAAAGAUUUAAUGGAAGAAGAUUUUGGCGAAAGAGAUUUAUUUGACAGUAUUCAGGUUGGCAGAGAUACGAUAGGUGAAGAUUUCAGUGGGAAAGACUUAUUUGAAAGAUUACAGGUUGACCGAGACUCUGGCAAACACAAAAGUGAUAGUCGAAAUGAUAGUAGGACUAAGGUAGUUGAACGAAGAAAUAGGAAAUGACCAAAAAAUGCUGGAUUGACCCCUGAGUGAAUAUAUUUGAGAUGACAUUACUGGAGUAGUUCUUCCAGAGUACUAAAUCACUAAUUCCAACGAGGCUAGUGGUUUCAUUGGGAUCUAAUAACGUGCAUCAUAGAAGAUCAAUUACGAGUCAAGCCGUAAACACAGCGAGACAUCCUAAUACAGUAUAAAGUAGACUUG